GACAGUAGACUUAGACAGUAGACUUAGACAGUAGAUUUAGACAGUAAACUUAGACAGUAGAUUUAGACAAAAACAAAGGCUUAAAAAAGACUGAAUUUGUAUGAUAUUUCUUAAAUGCUUUAUAUAUAGAAUGCGGCCUUUUAGGAAAAUACCGAAAAUAAAAUACAAAGGUUUGAUAGAAAGAUAGUAUUUUUUUCGCGAAUUGCAGUGGUCAGGUUGCGAAUCUGUCAAAACCGGUUCUUAGCAAGCACCUAGGAGGUAAAAAGAAAAUGUGUACAAAAUUUCACGUGGAUCUGUACGACAGUUAAAGAUAUCUCUUGAUCAAUUAGAAGAUCUGUUGGUCAGUGCCAAGCACUCAAAAUGCUUCAACGUGAACACAUGACCAUGCAACUAAAACAAGAUUUACUCAACCAUCUAGACACUGUUAGUACACUAUCAGUACUAAUACUCUGAUGACUGUUCGCCCUGAUGGCGGUUGUGUCUUUACACAACCAGGCGCCCUACAGGCGCACUUACAGCAGCCGUGAACGAGUGAAUGUAGACUCGGAAAGAAAUGACCCGUGGCUACACUCGGGAGAUAGUGCAGGGAGUAACUCCAAUAUUGCUCGCCCUGUCAAGCCUUCAGCACCCCGUCGUAGAUGUGUGACACUUGAUGGUGAGUUACUUCCCAUUCAGCACACUUGUCAGUUGAGUACUUGUGAUCGAAUCACUAUCAACGUCAGCGGCAAGUACUUUGAAACUUGGAGGAAAACUCUAGAAGACCAUCCCAACACACUUCUUGGAGACCCAGACCGACGGAGUCAAUAUUAUGAUAAAUACAAGGACGAAUAUUUUUUCGACCGUCAUCGCCCAACAUUCGAUGCAAUAUUUGAAUACUAUCUGUACGGUGGUGGGUUAAAGAGACCUCCUCCAGUUCCAGAUGAUGUGUUUCUCACUGAGUUGGACUUUUUCGAAAUCGAACGUCCGGUUAUAGAAAAGUAUAGGCGAGGAGAGGGCUACAUAAUGGAAAAUGUCAUUCUCCCAGAACGAGGCUUGAAACGUAAAGUAUGGAUGUUGAUGGAAUACCCCGAGACCUCACUUUGUGCUUACAUCAUAGCAAUUAUAUCUGUUCUAAUCACUACAGCUUCCAUUGCGCUCUUCUGUGUGGAGACUUUGCCAGGACUUAGUUCAGAACAUUGUGUCCAAAAUCAAGAUCCCAAUUGGGGCGAUCCAUUCUUUCUGGUAGAAACCAUUUGCUCGGCUUGGUUCACUUUUGAAGUUCUUAUUCGUCUGUUUGCAUGUCCAAGUAAAGUGGCUUUCUUUAAAGACUUUAAAAAUCUAGUGGAUGUUACAGCAGUGAUUCCAUAUUAUGUUGGUUUAUUCAAUAUAUUGUCUACUAUGUCAUGCGAUAGUGCUAAAUCUUCUGCAUCUCUAGCAUUUCUCAGGGUGUUCAGACUUGUUCGGAUAUUUAAGUUAACGAAACACUCAGCCGGGCUCCAAGUUCUAAUACUGACAUUUAAAGCAAGCGUUGAAGGAUUGUGUCUUUUCCUUGUAGCUUUGACGGUUUGUAUUUUAGUUUUCUCCAGUGCGGUUUAUUUUGCUGAAAUGGGGAUUGAAGGAUCACAAAUCAAAAGCAUUCCGGAUGGGUUUUGGUGGGCUAUUAUAACCAUGACAACAGUGGGCUAUGGUGACGUCGCUCCAAAAGGACCAAUGGGAAAGCUCUUAGGCUCCAUGUGUGCAGUUGCUGGAGUUCUCACAUUAGCGAUACCUGUCCCCAUCAUUACAGAGAACUUCAACAAGUUCUACUCACAUAAAACAGGCCGAGGUCGAAUUUAAAGGAUCUUAGUAUAAAUAGUAUCAUAAUACAGGUCACUUCGGAUGCUAGUACAGUACAAGCAACAUUUAGUGUUAUAUAAUCAAGAAAUUAAUAUUUAUAAGAUAUAUCUCUUAUGAGAUGUAGACCAAUAAUAUAUACACUAACAUAAUCAACGUCAAUGGUCAGUUAACAUUAAUCUACUUCAGUCACGUAAACAAACAGAUAUAUAGACAUUAUGUUCUCAAAUGAUCAAGAACUAAGAACACUAGUAUACAUAACAUUUUAGAAAAUACCUUCUGCAAAAGUAGGGAAUGAUCUAUACAAAGUAGGGAAUGUUGUUUGAUGGCAUAAGUAUGUUUUCUAUCAUGUGACACAAUUUUAGACUAGAAAUGUGCAAAUCUAAAGAGAUUGCUAAUGUUAAAAGAUCAUCAAUAUGGUGGUCAAUGUUGUUUAGAUAACAAAAAGCAACGACUCAUUUUGUUUGUUUUUUUAAACUAUUUUCACUUUAUGCAAUUUUUUAAUGUUAAAAUUACAUCCACUUUUACAUUUUACGUGUAAAUUAUAAUAUUGUAUCCAUUUUUAUAUUCUCUUUUAACAAUUAUUGUGUCUAUUUUCCAAUGUUUCACUUCUGCACUGUCUGAACAAUUUCUUGGAGUCCUCAAUAUUUCUUGGAGUUCUCAAUAUUUCUUGGAGUCUUCAAUAUUUCUUGGAGUCUUCAAUAUUUCUUGGAGUCUUCAAUAUUUCUUGGAGUCCUCAAUAUUUCUUGGAGUCUUCAAUAUUUCUUGGAGUCCUCAAUAUUUCUUGGAGUCCUCAAUAUUUCUUGGAGUCCUCAAUAUUUCUUCUGUAUUAGAUUUAGUCUGGUAGAAUCCCAUCAAGCACCUGACAAACUUAUUUGCAACUUCUUGAUUGAGUGUAAAAGGAAUAAGAAAAAGUGACUGCUAGGUGUUAGUCAAGAGCUUUACCUAAAGAUCUUGUGUCUUUAACUUUAUAUUGUAAUAAGGGUGAUUAGUUAAUUCAAAGAAAAUGUCCGAGAGGUAAUAUGUCUGUUUUAGUUGAUUGGCAUUCUGCAAAAAGUCUGAUGGGUAAUAUGUCUGUUUUAGUUGGUUGGCAUUCUGCAAAAAGUCUGAUGGGUAAUAUGUCUGUUUUAGUUGAUUGGCAUUCUGCAAAAAGUCUGAUGGGUAAUAUGUCUGUUUUAGUUGGUUGGCAUUCUGCAAAAAGUCUGAUGGGUAAUAUAUCUGUUUUAGUUGAUUGGCAUUCUGCAAAAAGUCUGAUGGGUAAUAUGUCUGUUUUAGUUGGUUGGCAUUCUGCAAAAAGUCUGAUGGGUAAUAUAUCUGUUUUAGUUGGUUGGCAUUCUGCAAAAUGUCGGAAAGGUAGUAUGUCUGUUUUAGUUGGUUGGCAUUCUGCAAAAUGUCGGAAAGGUAGUAUGUCUGUUUUAGUUGGUUGGCAUUCUGCAAAAUGUCGGAAAGGUAAUAUGUCUGUUUUAGUUGGUUGGCAUUCUGCAAAAUGUCGGAAAGGUAAUAUGUCUGUUUUAGUUGGUUGGCAUUCUGCAAAAAGUCUGAUGGGUAAUAUGUCUGUUUUAGUUGGUUGGCAUUCUGCAAAAAGUCUGAUGGGUAAUAUAUCUGUUUUAGUUGGUUGGCAUUCUGCAAAAUGUCGGAGAGGUAGUAUAUCUGUUUUAGUUGGUUGGCAUCCUGCAAAAUGUUGGCAAAUAAAUGUACGAGCAGGAGCGUGCACUAGCUUUGGCCACUGACAGUUUAGUGUUUAUAUAUAUAUAUAUAUAGAGAGAGAGAGAGCCUAGGCAAUAAAAAUAUGCAUCUAUAGGCCCUACAUUAUUUAUAAGAGUAGUUCUCUAGUAUCUAGGCCUAGACACUAUCUUUUUGGGACCAUAUUUUUAAAGAAUAUGAACAAAUGAUAGGCUUUUUGAAAAUUAUUUUAUAUAUUUCUUAAAUGUAGAGAUUUUUUUUCCUAGUGAUUUUCUACUAUUGUAAUACAAAUGUAAAUCUAGUUUAUACAAAAUAUGUGAGUCUUUUCUACUUGAACCUUCAGGAGAAUGUCUGUAUACAGUAUCACAUCCUUUAUCCGAACGUCAGUUAUCGGAAGCGUUAGAUAUUCGAACUGCCUUUUUUUUGUGACAGUAUCUAAGUGGUAGAUCCGCGAUUAUUUCUCUCAAUAAAGGGAGGCUACUUCUUAUAAAGCUUUGUGUCUUUGUAUAUUUUAAUUGCAUUUUAUGUUUAUUUACGGUGCGAUACCACAUAGCAAUUUUCUUCAUAUUGUUGGUGAACAGGACCGUUUAAAAUAUUCCGAAUUCGAUUAUCCGGACAGACCCGGUUCCCAAUUUAGGCCUAUGCGGAUAAUCGCCAUUCUACUGUAGUUCUAUUAUGACGUAAUAUAUGUCACUCGGGAGUAGUUCUAUUAUGACCUAAUAUAUGUCACUCGGGAGUAGUUCUAGAAUGACGUAAUAUAUGUCACUCGGGAGUAGUUCUAGAAUGACGUAAUAUACUACUUUGAAGUGGAUUCCUCAAGAGAAAGUCUCGAGAUAGACAUUUACUUUGCGAUACUCAUCAAUCUGUUGUCUGAAUGAAAUCUUCUCGGCCCGAAAACCAAAUCGCCAUAACUCGUGAUCUUUCUGAAAUUGUUAAUCAAAGUAAUUGGGUGGGGUGAGUGUGGGGGAAUGUCUGUUGAUGUAUUCAACAGUAGUGUCGUGUUGAAAUGUAGAAAUAAGGCUGUUUAGUGAAUUCAAAGUUUUUCACUUUUUCACUUAUGUAGAAAUAAGGCUGUUUAGUGAAUUCAAAGUUUUUCACUGAUGUUGAACUAAAGCUGUUUAGUGAAUUCAAAGUUGUUUUUUUCCACUGAUGUUGAACUAAAGCUGUUUAGUGAAUUCAAAGUUUUUUAGUCUCCAUGAGCUACUAAACAGUUUUGUUCCUAGAGUCUGUUCAAACAAUAGAUGGUCUGGUGGUAGAAUCAUUAAAACAAACCUCAAUGUGCAGAUGUUAAGUUUAAUUAGAUGUCGAAGUCAAUGAAAUAUUGCUAUCAGUAAAAUUCCUGUUUUUUAGAAUGUUUCCACCGAGUUAUAGAUCUAAGCUAUCAAGCUCUGGUCAGAAAUCGUUUUUGAAGUUGUAUAUUUAAAGAAAAGUUCUUUUGUGUUGGCUUUUAGAACUAUUUGUUUCCUAACAAAAAUCACGAUAAAAAACUCUCCUUUCCCUUUACCUCUCAUACCUUUCUUCGCUUGAUCUCAAUUUGAACCCACUUUCAAUUUCUACCCGCAGUUCCCUUGAAACUACACACCCGCAGUUCCCUUGAAACUACACACCCGCAGUUCCCUUGAAACUACACACCCGCAGUUCCCUUGAAACUACACACCCGCAGUUCCCUUGAAACCACACACCCACAGUUCCCUUGAAACUACACACCCACAGUUCCAUUGAAACUACACACCCUUGAAACUACACACCCACAGUUCCCUUGAAACUACACACCCACAGUUCCCUUGAAACUACACACCCUUGAAACUACACGCCCGCAGUUCCUUUAAAACUACACACCCGCAGUUCCCUUGAAACUACACACCCACAGUUCCCUUGAAACUACACCCCCGGAGUUCCCUUGAAACUACACACCGGCAGUUCCCUUGAAACUACACACCGGCAGUUCCCUUGAAACUACACACCCACAGUUCCCUUGAAACUACACACCCACAGUUCCCUUGAAACUACACUGACGCAGUUCCCUUAAAAAUACACACCCGCUGUUCCAUUAAAAAUACACACACGCAGUUCCCUUGAAAAUACACACCCGCUGUUCCAUUGAAAAUACACACCCGCUGUUCCAUUGAAAAUACACACCCGCUGUUCCAUUGAAAAUACACACCUUAUUUAUCACGUUUGGUUGUGUGUUUUCCAUGCAUAAAACUGUCACGUAAACCCUUCAUUUUGGCUCUAAUUUUUGUUUACAACUCACUCUGGUUAAAAGUCUGUACACGUCAUUUCUUCCACAUACAUUCUCCAAUCAAAUUGAAACUUAGCACGAUUAUUCAUUGGCAUAGUCAAGACACGAAUCAAUAAAAAAAACAAGAUUGCAAAGAGAGUUUGUGUUAUCACACAAACUCAGAUGCGGCCCCCGUCGGAUCCCUGUCGGAUCAGCCUAUUCGCAAGGAAUAUUCAAGACGUGAUUUUAUUUUGAUUGUCUAAAGUAAUAACGUUUCAAAGAUUUAUUUGCCGUUGUAAUUUUUUUCUGUCUUACAUGUUUAUGAUGUUCUUUCAAAAUUAAAGAUAAUUAACUUCCUUGUCCAAACCUCCCGCUGGACGACGGGGGAUGGCAGCGAGUUGGGUGUGAACCCGGGACCGUCCAUAUAAUCAGUCCAGCACGCUAACCGCACGACCAGGCAUUGCUGUUAACUUAAUAAUAAACUGGUUACAAACUAAUAGCCUAUUAUUGAUAUAGUGUGAUAUAUUACACAUUACGGCAUGACAUCUACCGGAUAUGUACAAUAUAUCAGACAAGCGAUUUUAGAUAAUCUUUCAGCAUUGAUUUGUAAUUGAAAAAAAAAAAAAGAAAAGAAUAGAUAUCUUGCUUGUAGGCCUACUUCGAUAUCUCAGCACAGUUACCGACAGAGCUACUGGCAUUUUUAUUUAAAUGGAACUAGAAUAACGAUGUAGAUCUACCUAAACUAAACUUCUGAUUUAGCACUCUUAAGAUUUAUAACUACUAGAUCUAGAUCUAAAAUAUAAAUUAGGAAUAAUUUGUAUGUAAUUAGAUUUAUGAAAAUAAAAAGCCUAGAUAAUCUAUCAAUAGACUGAAUGCAAUAUUAAAUUUAUAAAUAGUAGAUUAGUUUUAGUAUAUUAGGCUAUAGCAUUGCAAUAUUGAUCUAGACGUUUGGAAAUCAAAAUCUACACUUAGCCUAAAUUUAAGUCUAGAAAUUGAAAUUCUAUAUCUUGAUCUAGUCUAUAUCAUUUUAAACUAAAUGAUUCUAAUUAGAAUAUAAAUAUAGAUCUAGUUUAAAAAAUCUAGAUAUACUGUAAAAAAAUCUAGAUAUACUUUAAAAAAUCUAGAUAUACUUUAAAAAAUCUAGAUCUAGUUUUAAAAAUCUAGAUAAGAUCUUAAUCUAGCUACUAUGUUUUUUAAAAUACGAGUCAGAUAACGAGGUUUAAUAAACAUUACUAUACCGAAUUGAUUUAGCAUUUCAUUAAAAAAAUUAAUUCCAUAUGACGUCAAGGGAAAAAAUAUACUACGUCACACGGCCUAGUUAGACAAAAAAAUGCCUUCAUCAACUGGAGCCAGUUAUCGAGUGUUCAUAGACAUUGGUGAACCGAGUGAGUUCUUUUAGCAUUUCAUUUAAAGAAUUAAUUUCAUAUGACGUCAAAGAAAAAAAUCCACUACGUCACCCGGCCUAGUUAGAAUUAAAAAUGCCUUCAUCAAUACAAGCAAUUUUUCGAGGGUUCAUUGACAUUGGUGCACCGAGAUUUUUAGCAUUACAUUUAAAGAGUUUGAGUUUUUGGCACAUCGGCACAAUUUAGGCCAUGUCGUGCCCGUAAUCCUUUAAGGAUUACUCUCCCUUCAUAUCACCAGAGCUAAAUUCCAUACAGUUAAAUCAUUAAAAGCAAGAUCUAUUCAAAAGAAAAAAAAAUCCAUUACGUCAUAAUGGGCUAUACCAAAAAAAAUGUCUUUAUUAACACGAGAUAUUUAACGACAUUGGCACUGAGUUCAAUAGAAUUUAUUUAAAGAGGAUAAAAGCAGCAUUUUAGUGCGAUUUGUCUGUCAGUCUGUCUGUCCGUCAUGUUAAUAUAAAAAAAACACCUAAAAGCUAUUGAAAAUUUGAUUAACCUUUAAUUUUGUUUCGAAACAUCGCAAUAGUAUUAAUUAUAACGCAAUAGAUUUAAGUAUAUAUAAUAGAUUGUUCUGGAUGUUUGUAUAAAUAGUAAGAGAAAAAGAGAAUUCCAGAUAAAUGUAAUACCGUUAAUUAAAUUUUUGGGAUGGUCUUGUAAAAAAAUUAGAUGUACCACAGCCUUGUGGAGAGAUUUUCAAACCAUACUUUGGUGUUUGGAAGUUGUUUUUCUUAAAAACCGGAACAUACGAUUAACCAUACUUAGAUUUUGUAACGUUUUAGCUAGAAAAUUAAAUGUACUGUAAGAGAGAAGUGAGAUUUUACAAAAAAAAUAGUUAAAAUAUUUUUCAUAAAAAAAUCCGGAACAACAUUUUUUCGUGAAUGCGAAUAUUUUUUUAUUAUUAAUUAGAAGAAGGAUUUCAAACAAUUAUUUGGCGUUAGUAGAUUUUCAAUAUAAAAUUCGGAAAUUUCUCGCGACGAUUUUAAAGAAAAUGUAAGUAAUGUAGGUCAACUUCUUUUCAAAACAAAAUCCAGAACAUUCUUUAUCGAUUAAAAAACGUUUGUGUUUCAGCAAGAAAAAUAAUUGUAAAAAUAAGUCUAAAAAGUGAUUUUCAAUAAUCGUUUCUAGUAAAUUAUUUUCUUUUUUUUUUUAAAUCCUGAACAACCUAUAGUCGAUAUUUUUACAAUUUGUUUAAAGAUGAAAAUACGGAACAAUUUGAUAUCGAUAAUUAAACUAUAGUAACGUAUUGUCAAAGAAUAUAAGUGUAAUAUUAGUCAAUUGUGCGAUUUCAAACAAUCAUUUGACAUAAUUCAUUUUUUAUAAAACAAUACAAUUCAUUUUUACACUUAAUUUUACAGUCAGUAUAGAGAUUUUGAUUUAGCAUUAAUAUGCUAUUUACAUACAAAAACGGAACAACAUAUUAUUGAUAAUGUGGUUUUGCAACAUUUAAGCAUGGAAAUUAAAUGUAAUAUAGGUUAAAAGAGCAAACAAACAUUCGUUGGUAUUGAUUAGUUUUGCACAAAAACAUCCGGAACAAUCAAUUGUAGAUACUUAAAACUAUUGAGAUGUUACGGGGGGAACAUUAAAGGGUAAAUCAGAUUUUCAAUAGAUCAUAGAGUUAUUGUUUUUUUUUUAUUUAAACGUGACGGACAGACCGAUCGACCGAUAAAACGCACAAAAAUAAGCCUCUUUUAUUCUGAUGGGGGGUAUUAGACAAUAAAUAAAUAAAAUCUGAUUAUUUUUUAAAUUUUGAGGGAACUGAUAGCACCAUGUCUUGCAGCUGCUUGUCACGCUACUGCGCAAAAGUCGCUACAUAAAAAAUCCAUUUAAAAAAAUGUGCGUGAUAUUUAUAUACUAAUUGCAUCGCCUUUAUAAACAAACAUAAAUGUUUUCUUUUAAUUUUAGCAGCUAUUAGACCAGAAAAUACCUUUAACUAAUAUUUAUAUCUGUUGUGAUCAUUUCUAAUACAUUUUAUAAAUAUAUUUGACUUAGUGAUACUUAAAAUACACAAAAUACUAUCUUUCUUUGUUAACAUAUUGUAACAUUGCCUCACUUACAUUGACGUAAUUGUUUUAGAAUUGGUGUAUUUUUAUUUUAAAAAAUCGCUUGCAUAAUUAAUUUUAUAAACUAAACGGUUUGCUUUUAGAAAACCAAAAGUAGCCGUUGCACCUAAACUUUUCAAGCUGCAUCGCAUGGUGAAAUAAUAUUUUUCAUUUCUCUUCUAGUUUUCGAGAUCUGAGUAUGACAGACGGACAUUUUGCACAAACCUAAUAGCGGCUUUUUCCCUUACAGGGGCCGCUAAAAACAAAAAUUAACCAAUUAGUCAACUAAUUACUGGUAAUUAAUUAUUUUGUUUGAAAUCAAUCAGUAUUUACGUAAACUGUUUAAUAUGUAGGGUUUCGUCCUUUAGAUAAUCAUUAUGUUAAGUUUAAUUAUGUAUCGAUAACUGUACUCAUGCUCCAUAUCUUGACAAGAUAUGCUUUAUGUUACUAUUCAUCGUUAAAAGUGUAGGCACUAAAGGGAUGAAGCCAUUAUUUCGGAAAAUGUGUUCAAUUAGUAUUAGGACCUACAAUGUAGACUCUGUACACAAUUUUUGUUUAAACACGAAUCUCAGAGGGCCACUUUUAUAAGAGAAUAUUAAACUUUUAACAAUUUAACACGUGCUAUAGUGGCAUUCUUGAGGCUCUUUAGAUGACUUUGCCGGCCCAUUUGGGUACCGGGCAUUUGCCCCAAUCCCCAUAUAGUCCAUGCUUUUGAUACAUGUUUGUUGACCUGCUCUCAAUGCCCUAAAGUAGUCGCUACACAAGCAACUUUUUGAUUGUUGUGGUCAAUGAUUCAAUCAGACGUUUGCCAUGGCUACAUUAAGCUGUCGAGUUACACACUUGGUCAGCAACUAGAAAGAAUCUACAUUUCAAGCAACCAAACCUAUUUUAUGAAAAGCCUUUAGUUCUGGCCGUUUGGAACUGUCGGCCUGAUGGUCCUCCUGAGGUGCCCUCCUACAGUAGUCUACAGUCUGGCUUGCGCCAAGGGAUGUCAUCAUUUUCUAUUGGCAUCAUCCCCUUCAGUCCUGCUUGCGCCAAGGGAUGUAAUCAUUUACUUUGACGUCUGGCACUUACAAAAUAAAUCACAAUGAAAUAAAGUUUCUAACUGACCCAAAUAACUUUCCUUACAAAUUAAAUCACAAUGAAAUAAAGUUUCUAACUGACCCAAAUAACUUUCCUUUCAAAAUAAAUAAGAAGUUGCAACAAUGAAAAUAUUGCAGUGCAUAGUGUUCUAUUCAUUAACUACCUUAGAAAACACCUCUUUCAUCAUUCCGUUAAGAUUUCCUCUAAUUCUUCUCUUCAAGUCUCCAUAUACACCCUCUUCCUCUCUCUGUGUCCGUCUCUCUCUCUCUCUCUCCCUCUCUUUGCUGCUCGCAAUCUUUUAAAAAUAAGCACAAAAUUAAAACUUAAUAAAAAAAAAACACAAAUCUUAUCUAAGGGAAAAACUCCACUUUUACAGUCAAACACACACACACACACACACCUAUAUAUAUAUAUACAGUGUUGUUGUUUUUUUUAAAUAGGUGCCGGUACUCUGUGAUGGAUUGCCUAACUUUUAAUUACACGGUACUCAUAAAUUAAUAAUAAACGUCGUUAGAAUGCAAAGAAAAAGUUAAAAAAAUUUCCCCACAUUGAAAAGGGGCCGUCACAAGAAAAGCACUGUAUAUAUAUAUAAGUGUGUGUGUGUGUGUGUUUGACUGUAAAUGUGGAGUUUAUAUAUAUAUAUAUAUUCACUAUUGUAUUUUUUUUUUCACUUUCAAUAUUAAACAAAAUUAAUACAACACAGAACGAAUGACUUGAUUACAACAAAGAACGAAUGACUUGAUUACAACAAAGAACGAAUGACUUGAUUACAACAAAGAACGAAUGACUUGAUUACAACAAAGAACGAAUGACUUGAUUACAACAAAGAACGAAUGACUUGAUUACUACACAGAACGAAUGACUUGAUUACAACAAAGAACGAAUGACUUGAUUACAACACAGAACGAAUGACUUGAUUACUACAAAGAACGAAUGACGUGAUUGCAACACAGAACGAAUGACUUGAUUAACUCAAGCUUGGAACAAUUCAAAGCUAUCUAAAUAUGUCAAACAAUUUACAAUUAAUUAAAGCUAAACAUGGACAUCGUUAGGCCGCCCGCUUGGUGAAUGCCACCAUUUCUAGAAAUACAGAUUUUACCCUAUAUAUUGGAGUUUUUUUAUCGAUGCAGUAUGUAACGGUGCAUGUUGAAAGAAAAGUUUUCACAGUCAAUAUUUCAACCAGGCGCGUGUGUGUGUGUGUAUCUUUGAACUUAGAGAAUCGAGUUCAUUAUUAUUUAUAGAUUUAUUUAGACCAGGUCGCAGCUUCAAUGGUGUGUCUAUUUGUUUGUUGCUUACUUGAGAUAGUUACCGUUCAUGAUUAGGAGAAAAGGUUAUUGAUAUGAGUAGGCCUACAUGAGACUUUUUUUUUCUGAUCCAUACACUAGCGUUCAAAGCCCGUUGGUUCCCAGGAUAUGUACUGUUUAUUUUGAUCCCCUUUUUGUUUUAUGAAUCAGAAGAUCCCCCCAUUCCUUUUUUUAAAUUGCUUCCUUCGCACCUACUCCCUCUCCCACAACCCACAAAGCUGUUUGACAGGAACACUCUCCAUUCUACAGAGCUGUUAUCAACUCUGUCUGUCUACUGAAAAGUGUGUACAUGUUAUUUCUGUAUAUUACACGUUACACACCAAAUCUCGGAUCUAGCUGAAAUUUUGCACAAUUAUUUCUUUAACAUAACAAAACAAGAAUCUAUUCAAAAAAAAAAAUGAAUGACUUAAUUAGCUAUUGGUAAUUAGUUAUUUGGUUCGGUAUCUCGAACAAGGGAAAGAAAUUUUACUUGACUGAUGUGGUGGUAUAAAUUGAAUUAGUCCCCUUUAUACUUUGUAAACAGAAAAGUUUGAAAUUAACAAAAGAUAACUAUAAAACCUUCUAUUUUAUUAAGCACUUCCCUGGCACAGUGGUUAGUUUAUUGACUUGAGGAAGCUUUAGCAUUAAAAUGUGAUCACCCAGAUACCCCCUCCCACCCAUCCCUUUCCAACUGGUCCUGACAAGUAAUACGAUCACAAUGUAGUGAGAAAGUAAUACGAUCACAACAUAGCGAGAAAGCUAAAAACGUGAAAUUGCGCUAAGCAAAAACUAUUGGUAAAAAUAUUUGUAAUCGCACAGAUUUAUAAUUGUUAGUCUAGAGUUAUUACAAAUUUAAUUACAUGACAGAUCCACAGUAAUUGAUACAACUACGCUUAAUAUAAGCUUUUCUUUUUUUUUUUAAGUAUUUGGUAUGUUUUCUUUAUAUCAACUCACUCUGUCUGUCUGGUAAAAAGUUAUUUCUUCCAUUGUUUUAUAUUGAAUAAGGGGAAUAACUUCUACAUUAUUGAGAGAUAUAUUUGUCAGUGUGAAGCUCUUCCUCAUAGAUAAGGUUUGUCUUUAAAAAAACAUAUUUUGCUUGUUUAGCAUUGACUUCAGAUGCCGAAGUAAAGGAGGGAGAGGGGGGUGGGAUAUUCUUACUUUAUUAUCAAGCAUCCUGUUUUGGCUUGACUGGGUGCAUGUCCUUGAGAAUGGCUCCAGACAGAUGAUGGAGGACAGGGUUCGAUCCAUGGAACGUUGAGUCAGCAGUCUAGAGCGCCUUAACGUUGUACCAAAGAAACAUCUAUAAGCGGAAGGUGGACGGGUGGAGACAAAUGUGAAUUGAAUUCAAUGACUAAAAUUUGGUGUGUGGAGGGGGGGGGGCGAUAGACAUUGGAUCUUGUCAAAAAACUCGAAGGAUGCAAAACAAAAUUCAGGGGGGGGGGGUAUCCCUAUUUUUGUGACAGUAGAUGCCCAAAAAGGGGGGGGGAGGGGGGUUCUUUCUAGUAAAAGGAAACAUUAUAUACCCAGGGAUCAAUUAAUGGGCCGGUGUUCAAUGCUAGUAAAAGGAAACACUAUAUACCCAGGGAUAAAUCAAUGGGCCGGUGUUCAAUGCUAGUAAAAUAUAAAUUCAAUGAUCUCAAAAAGAACAAUUCAUUUAAAAGUGUGUGACUAACAAAACGUUUCUAAUCCAUUGAAAGGCUGCGGUCCUGAUGUUUGUCUUGGAUACAAAGUUCAAAUUCAAUGUUCAUAUUUUUCGUCCACAGCAACUGGGAGAAUCGGUGAUGAGUUAAGAAUAAAAUUUAGAUUAAAAUAAGUUUUCUAAAUAGAAUUUAAUCUUGAUUCAAGAAAUACUCAACUAAUAUGAAAAAUGUUUUGUUUUUAAAAGACAAUCCUUUACACAGCUGAUCAGCCUUUGUAAAAGCGAUUAUUUUGCUCUAAAUAACUAAUGAAUGAUUUUAAAAAAUAAAUGGAACAUUUUUUACCACCCCACAACCCCCAAAAAAUCCUGAUGAGGCGAAUGUCUAGAUCUAUUCAGAACAUCUCCACUCCUACUGCUGGUUAGGCGAAUGUCUAGAUCUAUUCAGAACAUCUCCACUCCUACUGCUGGGCCUAUAAAUCCAGACUUGGAAGUGCGCACAAUGGUUCUGAACGUCUUUUGUUAUUUCUUUGACUUUAUAAUGAAGACUUGCGGGAAUACCCGCUGACGUAGGCAUGUUCAAGAUCAAAUCUACUUCAGACCUCAUUUAAUUAUUAUAUUAUUCUACUUACAACCAGAUUUCUCCAUGUUUGACCAAUUAGCAAAUGAUUCUUCUCACAAAAAAUAUAGGCUACAUAAACUGUUCAAUGUCUAUGAAAAUCUUUAGAGACGUUCUCGAGAACUGUGUCAGGGCAGGUUUUCGUUUCCUUUUCCCAUAAAUAAUGUGCCAGCUAAAUAGAGGACUAAUAACAAUGGCACUACUAUUAGUUCCUAAUACUCCUCUUUAUUUCCCUUUUUCAAAUUCUCGAAUGAAACUCUUUUUAAAGCGUUAACUUUCCUGAUGAACUAGUUUUCACACUAUUCAUUGUCUGGCAUUGUUUGUUUCCUUAUUUGUUUUUUCUUGGUCCAUAUUUUGUCUGUAUUGUUAAACGACUUGACAAUAUUUACAUUAUUCAAUUCUAGUCACGUUUUCACAUUUUAAAUAAUUCCAACUUUUCUUGAUAUUUUUAUUAAACAUAUUUUACAAUU